GCCUCUUUGUGUUUAACAGUAUUUCAGACAGAAGUGUUGUCACACUUCAGAGAAGGAGAGCCUUUUAUGAGGUAAUAAAUGUUGGAUUCUAAAUUGUAGUGUCUUUGCCUUUAUCACAGAAGUGUCUGUUUAGAUAAAUGAAAAAAUUUUGACUGUCCCACUUCCCACAGGAAAAAAUCAUAUUUGAUAUCUUUUAAUAAAUAUUACGAUGGAGAUAUUGAAGCAAAAAUGAUGAUAUGAUCUUUGAUAGGGCCUGUACCAAACAAACCUGUUGCCUCAUUUCUGGAAAAUACAAUUUGUAGUCCUGAACAUCUCUAUGUAACUGCAGUGCUUCAUUUAUAAUGCUUUGUUGUGACACAUUUGUAGGACCCUGUGAUUUGGAUUCUGCACUUGGCCAUAUUACAAUUUUGAUAACACUUAACUUAUUUGUUCAGACCUAUUAAUGGAAUUCCUUAAUGUUAGUUGGCAAUCCGAAGACUAUCCAAGUCAUUCUGAUUUUAAGUAUAAAAAUCUUUUUUCAAUAUAUGGAUAAACCAGGUGUGACUUUUAAAAUCCAUUCAUGGAUGGAUGACACUGAAUCAAAACAUGCUGAGUUAUUCUUGUAUUCAUAAAGCAUUUUGUAUUUUAAGUGUCUCAGAUACUCUUUGGAUUGCGGAUCAGUACUCGGGACCUCCAUUAAUGAAAAGACAGUCAUUAUUUCAUCUUUACUGUUUACUGACCCCAUCCUUUAGGAGCACCUGACUUAGUAUUUUAUUCACUUUUAAGCUACCAACAUGAUUGUUUUUGACCCACUGUAACAAUCUAGAUUUUUUUCACCAUUAGUUUUUUUUAGGAUUUGUCAUCGCAGAACUGUGUAGGCGACCUAAACACUACACUAGGCAAGAAGAUAAAAAUUUUGCAUGAUUCUGGGUUAUCAACAUUGUGAAUUGUACUUUUUCUCAAUGUGCAAAGUUGUGUAGAACAGGAAAAUCAAGAUUUGUUUUUACCUUGUGAGCAAGUCUGUUUGCUGUUUUUAUAAGAUGGAAGACUGAACAUUUCUACGUUGAAACAGCAGUGAACUGAUGAAAAAACACAGUUACAUCUGAGCCAUUUUGAGCCAUGAAGGGAUUAUUUUCAUUUAAAAUAACAAUAAAUGACUGGAGAAUACGUUAUCAACGUAGUUUCUUUCUCAUCUUUCUUUCUCAGGAGUAUUUCACGGAGCAGUUGAGAGUGGAGGGAGUCACCCACCUGCCGAGGACGGUCACCAGCGAUGUCCAGAGCGCUGAGCGUUAUAACGUUUACACUGAGGGAGGGGUGCUGUUUGUCACCAGCAGAAUCCUGGUGGUGGACUUCCUCACUGACCGCAUCCCUGCUCAUCUUAUAUCAGGUAUCCUGGUGGAUCGCGCCCCUAAAAUAAUUGAGUCAUGCCAGGAGGCCUUCACCCUUCUUCUGUUCAGACAGAAGAACAAGACAGGCUUCAUUAAGGCCUUCACUGACAAGGCCACAGCUUUCUCCUCAGGCUUCUGCCAAGUAGAGCGUGUGAUGAGAAACCUCUUCGUCAAGAAGCUGUACUUGUGGCCCAGUUCUGUUUGUUUCACUCCCAUCCAGACUAUCCGUCACUGCCUGGACCCCCUGUGGCAUCAGCUAGGAGCAAAGACCAAGGCUCUGGUUCAGGACCUGAAGGUGCUGAGGGUCCUCCUGCUCUACCUCACCCAGUACGACUGUGUCACCUUCUUCGAUUUGCUCGAGUCCCUGCGCUCCAGCCAGAAGAACUUUGGCUCCAAUUCAGGUUGGCUGUUCCUGGACUCCAGUACCUCCAUGUUUGUGAACGCUAGGAGCAGAGUGUUCCGCGUUCCUGAGAGCAAAAAGAAACUCAAAGUUGGAGCAGAAGCUGAGAAACAGAAGCCAACCUCUGCCUCAGAGAUGAAGCGGGAGCUGGUGCUGGAGAAGAGCCCAAAGUGGGAGGCUCUGACUGAGGUGCUGGAGGAGAUCGAGAGGGAGAACAAGAGCUCUCAACAUGAACCAGGUCGGGUUCUGAUUUGUGCCAGUGAUGACCGGACUUGUGCUCAGCUGCAGCAGCGCAUCAAACACGGCUCUGAUUGGCUGCUCAACCGCCUGUACACGAGAACAAUCGGCAAACGGGACUCUGCUGCAGUUGCUGCCUUGGAACUGGACUUAGACAAAAGGGGAAAAGGCCGAGUCAAAAAAGUGUCCAAAGGGAAGGAACCCGCACAGAAAAAAAACACAAAGACCACAAAAACCAAAAGCAGACCGUCACUCACACUGACCCAGAUGGUUGGGAAACAGGAGACAGGUGAAGCAGCAGUGAUGGGCAGCAGCGGAGACGAGGACGAACUGAUGGAGGAACAUGAAGGAGAGGAAGAACAGCUUAAAUUAGAUUUGUCAUCAGACGACUAUUACGGCGUCCUAAAGGAACCGCUGACUGUGAUCCAUCCACUGAAAGGCUGCACCGACCCCCACAGCUUGACCCGGGUGCUGCACGAGGUGGAGCCCAGCUUUGUGGUUCUGUACGACGCUGAACUGAGUUUUGUUCGCCAGCUGGAGAUUUACAAAGCUAACCGCCCUGGAAAGACACUUAGGGUGUAUUUCCUCAUCUAUGGAGGCUCAACAGAAGAACAGAAGUACCUGACAGCACUGUCUAAAGAAAAGAAAGCGUUUGAACAUCUCAUCAGGGAAAAGGCUACUAUGGUCAUUCCAGAGGAGAGGGAAGGACGAGAAGACACCAACCUAGAUCUUGCUAGAAACUUAGAACCUGCAAAUGCCACCACCAACACCCGCAAAGCAGGAGGCCAGGAGCAGUCCAGAGAGCCUUCACGAGUCAUUGUGGACAUGCGUGAGUUCCGCAGUGAGUUGCCUUCCUUGCUGCACCGCCGUGGGCUGGACAUUGAUCUCGUCACCCUAGAAGUUGGCGACUACAUUUUAACCCCAGACACUUGCGUUGAGCGUAAGAGCGUCAGUGACCUGAUCGGCUCGUUGCAGAGCGGCCGCCUCUACACCCAGUGCCUCUCCAUGACCCGCUACUACAGGAAAGCAGUGCUGCUCAUCGAGUUUGACCCGCCUAAACCGUUUUCCCUCAUGGCCUGGUCAGACUUCCGUCAUGAGAUAUCGUCAAAUGAUGUUUCUUCAAAGCUUACUUUACUCACAUUGCACUUCCCUUGCCUCCGUAUACUCUGGUGCCCCUCCCCACACGCCACAGCCGAGCUCUUCCUGGAACUAAAACAAGGCCAACCCGAACCCGAUGCUUCAGCAGCUCAGGCGGUCACAGCUGAGUCAGACCUUGUGGCUGAAUCAACAGACCUCUACAACCCCGGACCUUAUGACUUCCUCUUGAAAAUGCCGGGGGUCAAUAUGAAAAACUACAGGGCUCUUAUUAAAAAUGCAGACAGUUUGGCAGACCUAGCCAAACUCAGCCAGAACAAGCUGGCAGAAAUACUUGGGAAUGCUAAUAACGCUAAGUUGCUGUAUGAGUUUCUGCAUAAUGUCGCUGAUGUUCCUGCUUCUGUUCAGAAGACCAAACAGACAUGAUGGACAGUAAAUCAGAUAUUUUGACCGAUGUAUGUGAAUAACUUUUCAGUGACAUCAGGAUCAUUUUUUGUCAUCCAAAUGUGUGUUGUUUUAAUAUGCAGAAUGAAUUUAAUAUUGCAAAUAUUUGUAUUGUAUUUUGGAAACUACUUUGCAAAUGUGUGCAAUUAUAUUAUUUUUACUCAGAAACAAACAAUAUUUUUACAUUGUGCAAUAAUAAAAUGUCAACUUCUUUUGAAAUUUAUAAUAACGUGUUAUUUCAAAGUACAGCUUUCCAGAACAACACAGCUGUUUAAUUAAAUUCAUGUUUGUAAAGCA